AUGGAAAUAGAAGAUACAUCUAUUCAACCUAUGCAUCAAGGAAAUUUAGAGCUUCAACGUCAACUUUUGCAAAGAAAAAUUAUAUAUGGAGGAAAUAUAGCAUCACCUACAGAUGAUCUUAUGUCUCCUACAACUGCUAAGCUACAGGCUCAUAAACGGAAAUAUUAUAAUAAAGCAAAGCCUCAAUCAUUGCAAAAUAUGUUUACUCAAGUUCAAUCUAACUUAAAUAAACCAUCCAUUCAAGAAUCAGUAUAA